AUGACGCCUCCCCAACCAUUUAUGACCUCUAGAAUCCGUGGCUUCGUGUGCAGAUCAUGUUUAUCACAGUUACGAAAACCACAGCGGCCACGAACACCAUGGCUGGUACGAAAUAUUACGAGCGACGGGCCUUCGAGAACGGGAGGGCCCAAAGGCAAGAAGAAUGCGGAACCCAUUGUCAGAUACUUUGAUCAGACUCCCGAUGGUGUUCGACAAGAAAUGGAGGAUGAUCCUGAGACGCUAGCUAUGCUAAAGCAGGUGGAGGACCGGAUUCGAAUGUUGGAGGGACGACAAGAUGAUGAGGAUUUGGGAGAGGGACCCGAUGAUUACUUGGGAGAGGAAUUUGAUGAUGAUUUGGGAGAAGAACACUAUGACCCAGCAGUCCUGAUGGAACAAGCGAUGAAAGGUUAUGGUCUUCCAGACAACAUAACGGCCGCCAUGGAGGAGAUGGAGGCUCAGAUGGAGAAUGCAGACAAUUUAGAAAACAUGUCAGAGGAGGAACGAAGAGAACUUCGAAAUCGGAUUUUAAACAUAGGUACCGAUGCUGUGCCUCCGUCUUCCCCUCGCACACCACCGCAAUCUGUAGCAAAUGCACCUGCCCCAGAAGCGUCGACAGUUGUUCCUCCUGGUUUGACGCCUCCAAAUCUCUCUGAGUCCGUGGUCAUAAAUCCGGCAAUGUAUCCAGAAGAAUAUCGCCGGCGCAUACUGGCAUUAAACACUGCUCUGAGAGAAGCUUCCAAGAGAAUACAGGAGGGGCAAAGGCUUGUGGCAGAGGUCCACAAGAAAGCAUGGAGAUCCUACCUGAUGUGCCGAAAGGUCUUGGUGUCCCAGCCGACUGACGUCCCUCUCGGAGUUUGGACUACACUCUGGCACAUUUUCGCAGACGACCAACCAAUCAAUCUCGAUCGCAUGGCACACAUCAACUAUCUUGGGAGGGAUAUGCUCCAGGUGGGCAUCCCGCUACAAGGAUCUCAGCAACUAUUGUAUAUCGAAGCUUGCUUCCUGGAAGAGGACCGUGGCGUCGCUAUUGGAAUGUGGAACAAAGCAAAGCAAUCCCUCAGCGAUGACAAAAAUGCUCUUCGAGACUACUGGAAACUUGGCAUCCAAAUGUUCUGUCGAAAUGGUCAAGUUGAACAUGCCCUACAGGCUGCUAGGGCCCUUUUCAAUACCACAGACGAAGCGUCGGAUUUUCGAAUGUUAAUACCUAUUAUUCAGGCCUAUCUUGCUCGGGAUACAGAUGCUGGUAAACAGAGAGCAUGGGCUCUGUACAUUCGAUUAAGGCUCAUACUUGGGCCUGACAUGAAUAUGGGGGAUUAUGAUGCCAUAACAUCGAUCUUCCUGACGGCUAAUCAGCCAGAUUUGGCACUGGGCGCUUUCAAAGAUAUGAUGCUCACAGGGAAGAAAUCUGCUGCGGAGCAAGACUCCACCGCUCUGUACCGAAAGGCCACAGGUAUCAAAGGUGGACUAGAUUUGGCCACGAUUGAUAAUGGCGAACUCAACUGGCAGGAUUCACGCACUCUUGCCACACUUCCGAAUGAAUUUAACAACAAAUACUUCUUUGGUAAAUGGAUCAAAAAACUCAUCGGAGAGGAGGAACUGGACGCUGCGAAAAAGGUUUUCGAUCUUAUGGUCGAUCGUGGUAUCUGUCCUGAUGCCAAGCAUAUGAAUGGCCUCAUUGGAGCUUUGUACCGGACCGGGACAGUCAGGAACCAAACGCUAGCUGAAGACAUGGCUUGGAAGAUGAUCGCUGCCAGAAUACAGUUCGUUCAACAGCGUGAUCUGCGAAAUCAAAUCCAACUAAAGGAACCUUUGCGAGCGGUAAAGGUAGCAGGAAAGGACGGCCAAAAGUCCCCUUUUCUCACCCCGAAUGCAACGAUCGAGACAUUUUCGAUCCUUAUUCAACAGUAUAGACGGCGGCAAAAGCAAGAUCGGCUAGUUGAUCUUUUUAGCACUCUGAAAAAGGCUCGGAUUGCCCCGAAUACAUUCUUCAUGAACCAGUUGAUCAUGGUAGAUACCAAGUCUCACCAGACCCAGUGGGCUUGGGAUACCUACCUCUCUCUUGUUCAGACACAUGGAGUCCAUCCUGACUUUGACACGUUCGAGUUUCUUUGGCACCUAAUGAAGAAAACGACAGACCCAGUCUCCAGAGGUUCUCAGAGACCUUUCGCCACCUGCAGGACCCUGUUUGCCGAGAUGGUAAAGAGGGCAUCGGACUUGAAUAAGAGAGAGCAAAUGCCCCGGGAAUUGUACGAUGAGAUUAUUCUCUGCUUCAGCCUCGCGGAAGAUCAAGUGGGAACCGCAAUCGCUCUGCGAGCAUUACAGCGGAUUUUCAACAUGUAUCCUAGCGAGAGUACUGUCCGUACUGUUGUGCUCCAGCUUUCUCGUGUUCGACUUCGAAACGCGGCUGGUUCGCGACCGCGGCGACUCGAUCUGAACAGAGCUACCAAGGACAGGAUUGCUCAGGUUACCCAGGUUUUGGCGACCUUCAAGGACCAACGGGUGGAACAACUGUCGCGGCAGGGCAUUGACUUUGAAAAAUUGCAAGAAGAGGAAAAACUUGAGGAAUCAUUGAUUCUGCUUUCAAAUUUGCUUCAAUAUGUAUAUCAGGCGAAGGUGAAAGGCUUAGAAGCCCAGUUGGGCAGCAUUACUGAGGUAUCGAAAAUUGCGGCAGAACAAAUGGGUGUACCAGAGUGUUCUGGAUGGAUGGAGCACAGUGGCAGCCAAGAGUCACAGUAA